GGAGUGAUUCAGAGCCUGGACUAUCCUUUCCCCUGCAUUUGUGAUAGGACAGCAAACAACUCAGGACAUCAUCUGAGCAGCUGGGAAAAAUAUUAUUUCCAGGAUCAACAUGAAACAAAGAUCAAGGAUCCUUUUCUGCUCACUGGCACUUCUGGUGAAACUUUGCUGUUACCUUGAAGUAGUUGCUGAGGAACCUCCCCAACAACCAACUAGAGAAUCAUGUGCCAAUUGGAUGGCGGGAACUCCAGGUUACCCAGGCCACAAUGGAGCCCCAGGCAGAGAUGGGAGAGAUGGAAGGGAUGGUGAGAAGGGAGAGAAAGGAGAACAAGGUGCACCUGGCCCAAAAGGGGAUAGCGGAACUUUAGGAGUUGCCGGAGCUGAAGGCCCUCGAGGAGCAUCGGGGCUUCCUGGCCUCCCUGGGCCGAAAGGAGAAAAAGGAGACAGUGCUACUGCUUAUCGAUCUGCAUUUAGUGUUGGCUUAACAACCAGAGUCCCCUAUCCCAAUAUUCCCAUCAAAUUUACCAAGAUCUUCUACAACGAGCAAAAUCACUAUGAUCCAAUAACCGGGAAGUUCCGAUGCAUCAUCCCUGGAGUAUACUAUUUUGCAUAUCAUCUCACAGUAUAUGCCUCAGAUGUGAAGGUCAGCUUGUAUAAGAAAGACAAAGCAAUCAUCAUUACUUAUGAUAAGUAUGAGAAAAAUGAUGUUGAUCAGGCAUCUGGUUCUGUUUUACUCCAUGUGGAAGUUGGAGAUGAAGUUUGGCUUCAAGUGUAUGGAGAAGAGGAAAACAAUGGGGUCUAUGCUGAUAAUGUUAAUGAUUCCACUUUUAUGGGAUUCCUGCUCUACCCAGAUGUGGGCUAUGGGCAAUAGAAUGUGGACUGGGAGGUAAAGGAAGAAGAAUAAAGUUAGAAUACCAUUUUACAGCAGCAUAAAAAAGAGAAAGGGAGAAAAGGGGAGUAGCAGCACCUUUAAAAUUAACUGGUUUUUAAUUUUUUUGCAUGCGUUUUUAUAGCUAUAAACCCAUUUUUUCACAUACAGUACACUGAUACUGUGGCAGAAUGCUGACAUUUUGUCAGUAUAGACCCGUUAAACCAAAUGCUGAAUGAUGAG